AUGAAGGCGAUGGGCAUCUACCAGCGGUGGUCCUUUGUUUUGGGCCCCAAACCCAUGUGUCUGGAUGACCUCGAGUCAAUCUGCCUCCGCUCCUCGAUGCCGGACGAGGAACUGGGAGAGGACCACGGCAGCUGGUGCCUGGACAUUUUGUUCAAGCUCGAGAGCCUCAAAGCUCUCGUUACCGGCCAGGCUCUUCAACUCGAGUCUCAUCUGGGCCUCUUUCCGAUAAGCAGUGCCGCGACCAGCGUAUUUUCGGACAACCCCGAAGAGAUUGUGCGGCCAAGCAGUGCGGCGUGGUACUCGAAAGACUUUCGUCCCUCGACGGAGUCCCUAGGAAAACAUGUGGCACGCUGGCCCCCCGAGCGUCCUUGGACGCCCGAGUCGCUGUCACUGGCUGCCUAUGCAGUCAACCAGACCAGAGCAAUGAGCUGGUCGCCUAUUCCCACUCCCUCGUCCUCCCUAAUGGUGUAA